CACGAUGCUAUCCAAUAUCUUGGCCCUCUUGCCAUUUCUCACUGGGGCUCUAGCUGGGUACCUGGUUCACGAUAGCAACCUUGUGCCCGACUAUGUACUGGAGGCCACUCUGGAAGAAAUCCAGAUCGAUUGCAAACCAAGACUUUCCGUCGUCUUCAAUGGGACCUACCCAGGGCCAACUCUUAACCUCCGGGAAGGACAAACAACAUGGAUUCGAGUCUACAAUCGUAUGGCACACAAGAACGUUACGGUGCAUUGGCAUGGGCUGAGCCAAAGGACAGCGCCUUUCGCUGAUGGAACUCCCCUGGUCAGCCAGUGGCCGAUCCCGCCCGAGCACUUUUUCGAUUAUGAGUUGAGGCCAGAACAUGGCGAUGCCGGAUCGUAUUUCUAUCACUCACAUGUUGGCUUCCAACAGUUGACGGCCCAUGGGGCUUUAAUUGUUUACGAUGCCAAAAAGCCGCCCUACCGCUAUGAUGACGACAUCACUCUGAUACUGGGAGAUCAUUAUGUCGAACAAGAUGACAAAAUCGAGGCUGGUAUCCUUGCAGACCCAUUCAAGUGGUCUGGGGAGCCAUCGGCAAUCAUAUUUCAAGGCAAUAGCGGCAAUCGGAGUUUCAACGCGGCCCCUGAUCUGACGUGCGCUCCGCAUGUGGUUGAGGUGGAACCAGGCAAGACUUAUCGUGUCCGAGUCAUAAGUGCAACUGCCUUGUCCCUGGUAAAAAUUGGAAUUGAGCAUCACGAAGAACUCCAGGUGAUCGAGGCCGAUGGUGCGUACACCAAAAGGGUUACGGUCGACCAUUCGCAGGUAUCCUCUGGUCAACGUUUCAGCUACCUCUUCAAGACAAAGCCUGCCAAGGACGUUUGCAAAAGUGGCAAAUCGCAAUUCUGGAUUCGAUACGAAAGCCGCGACAGGCCACAAGAGAUUGCUGGCUACGCCUUGUUGAGAUACCGAUGUGACCAGUCACAGAGUUUGCCAUCUUCGCUACCAAACUCCCCACCCAUCACCUUGCCCGAGACGACCAAUGAUUAUCUUGAAUACACUCUUGAAGGCCUGACCGACAACAAAGACGAAGCAUUUCCCUGCUUAUCCGAGGUAACAAGGACAGUUACUAUCCAGAUCAACCAGAUCCUCACAACUGGGAGCUAUGAAAAUGGGACGUUGAACGGCACCGUGGCCUGGGCACAGAACGGGCUUCCAUGGAAGGAGAGUGUCCAGGCUGCGGAGAAUCAAGUUCCAUACCUGAUCAACGUCUACAAUACUGGCCGGACGCCGAAUUAUACACUCGCUUUAGAGCACAAUGGCUUCGAUCCCGAGACAAAGGCCUUCCCAGCCAAAGUCGGCGAGGUUCUUGACAUUGUAUGGGAGAACAAUAACGGACCAACUGGGGGCUGGGACUUUCACCCAAUGCAUAUCCAUGGACAGCACUUCUGGGAUCUGGGGUCCGGCAAUGGAACGUACGAUGCUCAACGAAACGAAGAGCACUUUAAAGAUUUCACACCGGUCCGUCGAGACACCACGAUUCUUUAUAGGUAUGCAACGAAAGGCGUGCCGCAUACUACAGCCGGUUGGAGGGCAUGGAGGAUCCGUGUCACUGAAGAAAACGUUGGCGCCUGGAUGAUGCAUUGCCACGUUGCUCAGCACGCGGUCAUGGGUAUGGCCACGGUUUGGGUAUUCGGGGACGCUCCCGCUAUUUUGAGCAAGUUUCCUAUGGUGCCAUUCACACAAGGUUAUCUUCAAUAUGGUGGCAGCGCCUAUGGCAACGACACAAACGAUCCAGUGGUAAACCACUAUUUUGAGAGCACCUAGCUGGUAAUCAGAAGCUAGAAGCAGUGUAAAUGAGAGAUAAUACGGCAGCUUGACUUAGGCUUGUGAUUGGAUAUUACAACGCCACUCGAGGUCUUGCAGAUUGUAUUUUUGUUUACCUACUGAAUCCAAUGUCGUUGUCUAUG